AUGCUGAAGAGAAAACCAUCCAAUGUUUCAGAGAAGGAGAAACAUCAAAAGCCAAAGCGCAGCAGCAGCUUUGGAAGUUUUGAUCGUUUUCGGAAUAAUUCCACAUCAAAACCGGAUGAAUCCACCGAGGUGUAUGAGGGAGAGCCUAUAAAUGAAAGUGAAGAAAAAAAUAAAAAUUCAAAUCAUGGAGGAAGUUUAGGCAAAAGAAUGAGAGCCAUUUCCUGGACAAUGAAGAAAAAAGUGGGUAAAAAGUACAUCAAAGCCCUUUCUGAGGAACAGGAUGAAGACGAUGGAGAGGAUGCCCUCCCAUAUCGGAACAGUGACCCCAUUAUUGGGACCCACACAGAGAAGCUCUCCCUCAAAGCCAGUGAUUCCAUGGACAGUCUCUACAGUGGGCAGAGCUCAUCAAGUGGAAUAACAAGCUGUUCAGAUGGCACAAGUAACCGGGACAGCUUUCGACUUGAAGAUGAGAGCCCCUACUCUGGACCAUUCUGUGGCCGUGCCAGAGUGCACACUGACUUCACGCCAAGCCCCUAUGACACUGACUCCCUCAAAAUCAAGAAAGGAGACAUCAUAGACAUAAUCUGCAAAACACCAAUGGGGAUGUGGACAGGAAUGUUAAACAAUAAAGUGGGAAACUUUAAAUUUAUUUAUGUGGAUGUCAUCUCAGAAGAGGAAUCAGCCCCCAGGAAAAUAAAAACACACCGGAGGAGUGGAAGAGAAAAAUCCAAGAACCUGCAGGAAUUCUUAGAGAGGAUUCACCUUCAGGAAUACUCAUCAACACUUUUGCUCAAUGGUUAUGAGACCCUAGAAGAUUUAAAGGAUAUAAAAGAGAAUCAUCUCAUUGAAUUAAACAUUAAAAACCCUGAAGACAGGAAGAGGUUACUAUCAGCUGCUGAAAAUCUUCUUGAUGAAGAAACUAUUCAAGAGCACGAAAAUGAGUCUGUGCCCCUAUCCUCAAGCCCAGACAUCUCCUUAAGUAAGUCACAGCUAGAUGACUGCCCAAGGGACUCUGGUUGUUUUAUCUCAUCAGAAAAUUCUGACAAUAGCAAAGAAGACGUGGAGUCUGAAAAUCUGCCUGACAUGGUUCAGAAGAUGACUAUCACAGAAACAAGUGACUGA